AACACCUCGACUUUACAGAGGCCUAUAAUUACAGUGACUGUAGGCGUUGUGUGUAGUACAUGUUUGAACAUAAAAUGUGUAAAUGUAUGGUGUUGAUGGCCACAACAGUGCUUUCCUUGUCAUUUCCUAUUGCGUUUUGGAAUCAUUAUUAUAUUGUAUUCUUGUUCCUGAAGAACAUGAAUUAGGUCUAGAGAUGGAAAUGUCGGAAUUAAAUGAAAAGACACAACCGGAAGUCAAGGUCUUACGAGUUCUUGUCGUUGGAGGUGUAGGACAUGGGAAAAGUUCCUUCAUUAACAGUAUGUUGGGAGAGGACAAGUGUACUGUCGGCAACUCUUGGGGAGUGGACAAGACAAUAACGAAAGAAGUACAAGAAUAUGACUGUAAACGAAAGGAUGACGUAAUGACCUUCAUAGAUACGCCGUCAUUAAGUACACUGGCGUCAAGUAGUAAAUUCAGGGACCUUUUCAAAACUGGAUUUCAUGCAGUUGUGAUUGUCAUUUCCAUAAAAUCAGUCACACAACCUCGGACUCCUGUGUUAGAACAAGUAAAAAAAAUAUUUGGAGGCAAAGUUUUUCAAUAUGCCCUGGUUGUUUUAACGUUUGGAGACUAUUUGGGAGACACGACAAUUGAAGAAUUUUCAAAUGCUAAUGCUGACUUGAAGGAUUUCAUUGAAAAAAUGGGGGACAAGCCUGUUGUAAUAACGAACACACUUGAAAAGGAUAGCGCCGAAGCUAAUGACCAGAAAACUCGGUUUUUUGUUUACUUGGAAUCUGUACUCAGAAAAAAUGAAGACACGCUGAAAGAGAACGGACCUUGUUCGAAUUUUUGUUCGUGUUGCAGAAGGUGUUGUGAUUGGUGUAUAAAAAUCUUUAACAACAUGGACGGCUGAACUCAACCAAAAACGAACAGUAUAUAAUACCAAAGGCGGAUUCAGUUGAUAAUUCCGAAAUUUUAUCUAUAUCUUGUGUCUUGUAUAAAACUUGAACUAUAAAUAAACGUAUUUUUAUAAAAUAUUUAAAGAUAAAAUUACCUGUUAAUGAAUUAUUUUUCUUGACAUUCCACUUGUAUAUAUAAUUGCAAGAUGCGCUUGAAGUGAACAUAAUAAAACAUUAUUCACAUUA